UACUAUUAAAUAGGUUAGGCCCAGGUAGGAUGAGUAGCGAAUCUUUGCGCGCAAAACUGCAGGCGACAUGCCUCCAUAGACUCGCGCGCACCGUCGUCGCCUGGUCGGGGAGAAAAGGGUGCGGUUCUUGCGGCUCGGCUCCUCUCUUCCGGGCUCUUGCCGCCGUUGGGAGUGUGAUCGUGGACUGUUCACUGGAUUGCUGAACAGGGGCGCAGAUUGAAUUGGACAGUCUACGGAGCUCAAGGGAUGGAUCGCCGGAGCUGGCCGUGGCGCCGGAAGUCCAUCUCGGAGAAGGCCCUCGCCCCCGCCGAAACCGAGAGCUCCGCCUCCUGCCCAUCCGAGAGUUUCACUGACGAACAGGAUACCCUGAAGAGUUCCCCAAAAUCUUCUCCGUCGCUCGAGAUCACAUCGAAGGAAGCGCAGGACGACAGCAAUGUGAAGGUUAAGGUGCUGAGUGAGAGCCUGUCGUCCGCCGUGUUGGAUAUGCGCGCGAAAGAUGCUCUUGUAAAGCAGCAUUCCAAAGUUGCCGAGGAAGCUGUUCUAGGAUGGGAGAAGGCCGAGAAUGAGAUGGCAUUACUCAAAACGCAGCUAAAUGCUGCAACUCUCAAGAACUCCACACUGGAGGACAGGAUCGUCCACCUGGAUGGCGCCCUCAAGGAAUGCGUCCGGCAACUCCGGCGAGCCAAGGAGGAGCAGGACCAGAAAGUCGAGGCCGCACUGGCACUGCAAUCCCGGCAAUGGGAGUCCGAGAAGACAGACCUGGAGCUGCGGAUCGUCGAGCUCAAGGCGAAGCUCGAAGCCAAGUCCGAGCGCUCAAUGAGCACUGACGGUGAUGUCAGCUCGAGGCUGGCCUCUCUGGAGAAGGAGAACUCGGCUCUGAAGGCGCAGCUGAUCGCCAAGACGGAGGAACUGGGGCUCAGGACCAUCGAGAAGGAGCUGAACAGGAGGGCCGCGGAGACGGCGAGCAAGCAGCAGCUAGAGAGCAUCAGGAAGGCGUCCAAGCUCGAAGCCGAGUGCAGAAAGCUGCAGGCCAGCGCACGGCGGCCCUCCUUCAGCAACGACCUACGGCGCACUCCGAGCUCCCUCUGCGCCGAGUCGGUGACGGACUGCCAGUCGGACUGUUCGGACUCAUGGACAUCGGCUCUGGUCAGCGAGCUCGAUCAGUUCAAGAGCGAGAAGAGCAACACAAGGAGUGCAACCGCAGUUGACAUCGGCAUGAUGGACGACUUCCUUGAGAUGGAGAAGCUCGCUUCGGCGGAUGGCGCCACGUCGAAAAGAGAGGCCGAGGACGCCUGUGGUCAGCUGGUCAAGCUAGAGGAGAAGGUCAGGAAGCUGACGGCUGAGAAGGCUGACAGGGAGAAGGCGCUGCACGAGGCUCAGCGCGAGCUGAGGGCUUGCCGCCAUCGGGCAAUGGUGGCAGAGGAGAGAUCAGCUGGGCUGCAGAGACAGCUGAAUCUUGUCAAUGGCGAGAAGCAUGCCAUGGAGGCCGAAAUGGAAGCCGCCGAGACGAAGAGGAAUGAGCUGGAGGGUAGACUUCAUUUGGCCCACGGCGAGAUCGGGAGCUUGCUAGACAAGGGACGCAUUCUGGAGGAACGGCUGGAAUCAGAAAAGGCGCUGACGCUGGAGCUCGCAGCAAAAUAUCAGCAGAUGGAUGCCUUGGAGUCGGAUAAGAAAGAGCUGCACAUUCAGCUGGAGGCAUCACAGUCCGACGCCAUAAAGUUCAGUGAUAAGAUCACAUUGUUAGAAAGGAGACUGGAGGAGGAGAAGGCGUUCUCGGUGCGGCUCACAGAGAAAUGCCGUGGCAUCAAAGCUCUGGAGGAGAAGUUGAAGGGUGCAGAGAUUGAGUUGGAGUUGGCAGGACAAGAAAUUGUUUCAUUCCAAAAGAGCCUGGAGCUGAAAAUUCAGCAAGAGAAGGCCUUGUCUGCUGAAUCCGCAAAGCGGUGCCGCGAUCUCGAUGCACUUGAUGCAGAGAGAAAUGUGCUCAGAUCUCAACUCCAGACUGCAAAUUCAGAGAUCGUUGCCCUGAAUGAGAAGGCUAAAAUGCUUGAAGAGACUCUAGACAAACAAAAGCCGGUGACUGCAGAAUUGGAAUCUCAGCUCAAGUUGGCGCAAGCUGAGAUCAAGACUUUGAAGGAGAAUGCCGGCCUGUUAGAAAUGAAACUGGAGACACAGAAGAACUUGGCAUCAGCCUACAUAACUGCACUGGAUGCCUCGGAAGCUCAGAAGAACAAAAUUACGAACAGGUUUGAGCUCAAAGACAAUGAAACAGAGGAGCUACACAAAAAGUCAGAUCUGCUGGAGGAGCAAAUUCUCAAAGAGAGGACACACUCGUCGGAAUUAGAAGCACAAUGUCAGAACUUCAAAGAGAUGUUCUCUGGCAGAGCUCCUGGUCAUCAGCCAGUACAAGUGAAUUCUGUGGCAAGUGCAGACCUGCACAUCAGAAAGGGAAAAGAGCUAGCUCGUGCUGCAGGGAAACUUGCAGACUGCCAGAAUACAAUAGCUUCACUGAGCACGCAACUAAAAACAUUAGCCGACUUUGAUGAAUUCAUCCUCAGAGCUGGGAACGAUGACGUCGCCGUAGCUGAAAGCUGGGAUGGAGAUCUGAAGCUGUUUGAUUCAGCAAGUUACCCAGCACAGUUGGGCUGUUUGGCAGUCACGUGAUUAUUGCUGUACCAAAGAAGAUCGCCAAAAAAAAUGGCUUGCUUCCGUAUGGAGAUCUAAGUUAUUACUAGUUUAUAGGUGAGCAAAGGCUCGCAUGUAAAAAUGAAUUUUGGUACCCUAAUCCCAUGGAGUUAUGGAAAUGGUUUUUAAGCUCUUAUUAUGUACAUCAUACUCCAGAAGUCCAGAUCUUAUAUGAUGAACAAACCCUUGUACAUAUCCCAUGGGGUUAUAGAAAUGGUUUUUAACCUCUUAUUA